AUGUCUCAUUUCUCUCAAAACGCAUCUGACUCAGACGAUGAAUGGGACGCGGGGCCUAUUGUUGAAUCUGUUGCAAUUCUGGGGCCAAACACCUCAAAGGGAGACUUCAUGGACCCACUCAAGGCGCUGCAAAUCCAGGUUCAGAAGCUCACUGAGGAAAAUCACACUCUUCGUGAGGAGAACAAGGUUCUCGUUGCCGAGAAGCCUAAACGCAAACGUCGCGCAGAGGCUCCCGAUGAACUCCUGGCCCACGAGCAAACCAUAACACUCUAUGCCCGUAAAUACAGCAUGACUGUUGAAAUGUUCCCUAACGCCGACCUUUUCAGUAAACAACGUCCCGAGAAUCCAACUCCAUUCAACAGCCGAGACCGGUACUUGACGGCAAUGACCCAGGAAUCAGCGUUUUUAGACGAACUAUUUCAGCACUUUCCUGAUCGUUUACAUGGCAUUAUGGAAAGCUCAUACUUCAGCGAUCUCGUAAUGAAGUCCAUUUCCGAGGCUCACUCAUCGGAAAUCAACAAGCUGCGUAGCGUUGCGGGCAAUAUAUUCGACCUUCCAGGAGUAUACUUCAGCAAUACCCAGUACCGCAGAGCCGACGUCGCCGAAAUACAGAAAAUGCUUGGAGUGUCGGCGGCAAAUCCGAAGUACAAGACAUUUCUGCCGGUCCUGUUCCUUGGAAUGCAAGAGGACCCUACCUUGAAGACUGUGUUCGGAAACUGGGAACUUUUGGCUAAGAUUCUGAAGGCCGCACUUCGCGGUGUUACUUCGCUUCACCAAGAGACCACUGGUGGACCAAAGACCAACGCCCGGAAGUGGAACCUCGAGCACGUUACGCCAGGGUCUAUUGCAUGGGCUGCCGUCAUUGCAAUCUUUUUGCUAUCGCCCGAUACCGAAUUUCAGAAGUUGGGCACAGGAAAGUCCUCCGGCAUCAACUACAAGGACCUUUUCUUUCACUACAAGAAACUCUUGCUCACCAAGUGGGACAGCCGCCGCAUCCAGACCAUUGUGCAAAACAUCGACCGAGAAGUUUUCGGCUCCACAAAAUCAUCUGCUUCUGCGGCCACUCAAGAAGAUCACUCCAGCGAAGUCAUUCGCGCAAUGAACGCACUCGAUAUUGAUAGCGACAACGAGUCAGACACUUCUCAACCUACUCCAACGUCUUCCGCAGUCCAGAGUGCCACUGCCUUUCAUUCCGACACUGUUGAGGUGGCACAGCCUCCCGCUGCUCUCAGAACUGUUUCAUCACUCAAUACCACCUCUACUCUCAGUGCUACUUUCCGAGCUACUGUUCAGGGUGACGUGGCAGUUCCAGCAGCUACUAAUACAGUUGUAGUACAGGAUGCAGAUGUGGAACAGCCACCAGCUCGAGGGAGAGGGAAAGGAAGGGCUAGGGCAAAGAAGCCUGCAGCUACAGGUGUUCGACGCAGUGCUCGUGCUGCUUAG